GCAAGGGGCUAAAAAAAGUGUUUAUUGUUAUUUUACCACCUUUUCAUAACGUUAUUAAAAUCCAACCGUCCAUAGUGGAAAGGAAAAUCAGAAGGGCUCUAACUGAAUGAGGACUUAAUCCUUCAAAAUGAAGUGAGGGAUGGAAGAACCCCAUUAAAGAAAACUGAGAACCGCAGCUGCUAUUUAUAAUUUGACACGGUUUUAUAGCAAAGAAUCUUCAUUUGGCGGGUGUUCAUCUCUCCACUCCAUUCACGCGCUGCCACUAUUUCUCUCUCUCUCACACAUAAUAAACUCGAAAGUACCCUUUUCUUACAUCGAAAGGAACGUAAAAUCCAUUUGCCCCCAAUUCACAGUGCAAGAAAUAGUUAUCUCUCGCUCGAUUGCUUGCGCAAGAUGAAGAAAUCGACGGCUGCGAAACAAGCGAUGGUGGUGUUUGGAGCUCUAUCACUAGGGUGGCUGGCGAUUGAGUUGGCUUUCAAACCCAUUCUUGACAAGGCCCGAGCCGCAAUGGAUAAGUCCGACCCGGCUCGCGACCCGGACGAAGAUCACGCCGUCGUCGACGAGGCUGCUCGCAAGUCUUCAGCUGAUUCAGAGAUUACCACUGAGGACUGAGGUAUAAGCUGGAACAAUUUGAUUUUCUUGGGGGUUUUUUGAAAUUCCAGGCUAUAAUAUAAUAAUCAAAGAGAAAACUAACGAGUUUACUUAUUAUUAUUUUUCAAAUGGGAUUUGUUUAUAGGAAGAAAAAAAAACCUUUAAUUAGCUCUCUGUUAUAUGAUGGCACUUUUUUUUAGGCUCUUGAGUUCUAUUAUGCUAAUCAAUGAGUAUUUUUGUGCGAAAAGAAAUAAUCAUUUGGUUGUAAAGCUUCUUCAUCAUUGAUUGUACUUGCGCAUACUUGUUUUGCUCAAUAAAGUCUUAAACAUUCAUAUUGA